CGGGAGGGGGCGCUGGAGGGGGAGAGGGGGGCACCCACUUCCUCCUGCUCGCCGGCUCCCUGGCCUGGGACGGUCCCGGCGCCCUCGCACCCGCCCCCGGCACGGCCACCCUCCCUCUGCUCUCCCUAACCCCCCCCGCCACGGGCGCCCGCCCUCGCCCGGCGCCGCCGGUCUGUUCGGCCCUCCGGGCCCCCUCUCCAGCCGGCCCCCCCCACCUCCCCCGGAGCCAGGCUGGUUUCGGAAAUGCCCUUACAGCAGCAGGCAAAGCGAAGGCUGGAGCUAGGAGAAAGCGGUCAUCAGUACCUCGCAGAUGGCUUAAAAACCCCCAAGGGCAAAGGAAGAGCCGCCCUGCGAAGUCCAGAUAGUCCAAAAACUCCAAAAACUCCCCCAAAAAAAACACGGUAUGACACAUCCCUUGGUCUGCUCACCAAGAAGUUCAUUCAGCUGCUGGGCCAGUCCCCCGACGGGGUCUUGGAUUUGAACAAGGCGGCGGAGGUGCUGAAGGUGCAAAAGAGGAGAAUCUACGACAUCACCAACGUGCUAGAAGGCAUCCACCUCAUCAAGAAGAAGUCGAAGAACAACGUGCAGUGGAUGGGCUGCAGUCUGUCUGAAGAUGGGGGCAUGCUGGCCCAGUGUCAAGGCCUGUCCAAGGAAGUGACCGAGCUCAGCCAGGAAGAGAAGAAAUUAGAUGAACUGAUCCAAAGCUGCACCCUGGACCUCAAACUGCUAACCGAAGACUCAGAGAACCAAAGGUUAGCUUACGUUACAUAUCAAGAUAUUCGAAAAAUUAGUGGCCUUAAAGACCAAACUGUUAUAGUUGUCAAAGCCCCUCCAGAAACAAGACUUGAAGUGCCUGACCCAAUAGAGAGCCUACAAAUACAUUUGGCAAGUACCCAAGGGCCCAUUGAGGUUUAUUUGUGUCCAGAAGAGACAGAAACACACAGUCCAAUGAAAACAAACAACCAAGACCACAAUGGGAAUAUCCCGAAACCCCCUUCCAAAGACUUGGCUUCAACCAACUCAGGACAUAGCGAUUGUUCGAUUUCUAUGGCAAACCUUUCUCCUUUGGCCUCCCCAGCCAACCUCUUACAGCAGACUGAGGACCAAAUUCCUUCCAACCUGGAAGGACCAUUUGUUAACCUCCUGCCUCCUCUGCUCCAAGAAGACUAUCUCCUAAGCCUCGGGGAGGAAGAAGGCAUUAGCGAUCUCUUUGAUGCGUAUGAUUUGGAGAAGCUCCCGCUUGUGGAAGACUUCAUGUGUAGUUGAUUAUGCUUUGUGUGACCUCCCCUUAUAAACCAAUAUUUUUUUAUUAUGGAACCAGAACAUCUGUCAUGCAGUGUUGUCCCUUCCUACCUUCUUCCUCCGAGAUAGUAUCAUGAAGUAAACUACAAACUUCUGAACAAAGCUGACAUUUUAAUGAAUUUAAAAGCGGG